GGAUUCAGAGAGGCAUUGGACAUUGUUUUUGGCUCAGACAUGGACGGAGAAGAAGGAAGCGGAAUACGGCUGAGCAAGAGAUUCGCCGGCGGGAAAGUCACUGGCGGUAGCUUAGAGGUCGAUUACAAGACCAAAUCCGGUACCGCUUGGAGUCACUCGUUCCUGAACCAGAAGCCAUGGCAUCCUCUUUCUUAUCCCAACCAGCGCCGCAAAUGGAUCGCCGAGCAGACUCACGCCCAACACGAUCGCAGAGCCGAAGAGGUGGCUCGCGAGUUUGCGCAAGAGCAGGAAUUUUUCAAGCAAGCGGCUCUCAUCUCGAAGAAAGAAAGAGAGAAGAUCGAAACGAUGAAAGCUGUGAGUUUCAUGUAUGUUCGCCCACCUGGCUAUGAUCCUGAAAGUGCCAAAGCAGCAGAAUACGCGGCUGAGAAAAACAAGGGUCAGGGUUCUUCAACUCAGGAUCCACUGGCGGACGAUAAUGUUGGUUCUAAACCAGAAGAAUCACAAGGCGGGGGAGACCGUACAGGCCAGGAAAGGAAGAAACCACGACCCAAAGAUGUUUUUGGGCGUGCUCUUCCAACUGAAGAAGAAUUUGACGUCCUUAAAAAUGCUCCAAGGAUGGAGACUGGUAUUCCUGGGAGAGUAAAGCCAUUUGCAGUGGAAGUGCGUAAUGUGAAAUGUCUGAGAUGUGGAAACUUUGGGCACCAAAGCGGUGAUCGUGACUGUCCAUUAAAGGAUGCAGUAAUGCCAAAUGAAGAACUUCGACUGAAAAGAGAUGAUCCUUUGACUGCUAUCAUUGCACAUACAGAUCCCAGUGAGCCUCUGAAGUGGGAGUUGAAACAAAAGCCGGGGUUAAGUCCUCCUCGUGGGGGUUUUGAUCUCGACGAUCCAAAUCAACAAAUUGUCGCUGAAGAUAUAUUUGACGAAUAUGGAGGAUUCCUUGAGGGAAGCAUCCCAUUAGAAUUAAUUAAGAGUAUGUCGUCGGAUAAGAAAAGAAAAUCCAAAAAGAACAAAAAGCACAAGAAGCGUUCAUCUCGUACUGUUCAGGAGACUGAUGAAUCUUCAACAGGCUCAGAAGAUAGUAGAGAGAAGAGAGGCUCGAAGAAGCGUAAGAUACUUAAGAAGAAGAGCAAGAAGCAUUAUGAUUCUGAGUCACUCUCCUCGGAAGAUUCAGACUCUGAAAGUUACAGUCUGAGUAGGAGGAGACACACCAAGCAUGUGGAUCCGUCUGCGACAUUAAAAUCUGAGGUUCCCCACCAAGAAAUCAGUCGCAGAGAAAAGCAUGACGAUGACGAGAAGCACCAGAAGCAGAAGGAAAUCGUGGAUAGACCGUCUUCUUCAUCUGAUGAUUCAGAUUAUUAUAGAAGUCAAAGUAGUAGAAAGAAAAGAUCAGAAGAUGAUUACAAAAGCCAUCACAGGGAGAGAAAGCAAGUGCAUAAUAACGAUCCUGUUGCAGAGAAAAAUCAGAAACAUGAAAAUUUGGAGUCUAGAAAGCUUCAUAGAGUCGAGAAAGAGCAUAGAUAUGAUGAGAGGAAACACAGAUACCUCGAUAUGGAGUCUGAGAAUCGUCAUAGAUCCAAGAAGAAAUCAAAAUAUGAUGAUCUUGAUUCUGGGAGGCAUCACAGGAGUGUGAAGGGCAAAGAAAAGCAUGUGUAUGAGUAUGACACAUAUGAUGAUCCUGGAGAGUUUUCUGACAGAUACAGAAGCAAGAAGAAUGCAGACUCUGAUUCAGACUCAAACUGUAGAAGUAGAAAGCAGAAGAAGCAUGAGUUGUCAUCAGAAGAAGAAGAGAAGAAGUCUCGGGCAUUUGGAGAGCAAGUGAGAGAAUCCAUGUCCUUGAUUCAGCGUCGGUUGAAUCGUGUUCAUGGAUUAUCAUCUGUUAACGCUUGGAAUUUUCAGAUACGAGAAGCUGUGAAUCGAAAUGAUCCGGUGGAAUCACUUCUUCGGUUUAGAGAAUUGAAGCGUGGAGGAUUUGAACCGAACAACUUUACCUUUCCAUUUGUGGCGAAGGCGUGUGCUAGACUCUCUGAUAUUUCGUACUGUGAGAUGGUUAAUGCCCAUGUUUUAAAGUCUCCGUUCUGGUCUGAUGUGUUCGUUGGGACUGCGACGGUUGAUAUGUUUGUAAAAUGUAAUUCUCUAGAUCAUGCCGCUAAGGUGUUUGAGAGAAUGCCUGAAAGAGAUGUUACUACUUGGAACGCAAUGCUGUCUGGUUUUUGUCACUCAGGUCACAUAGAUAAAGCGUUUUCUCUAUUUCGUGAAAUGAGACUCCACAAGAUCCCACCUGAUUCUGUGACUGUUUUGACCUUGAUUCAGUCUGCUUCGUUUGGAAAAAGUUUGAAGCUUUUGAAGGCCAUACAUGCUUUAGGGAUACAUUUAGGUGUAUCUGUACAAGUUACAGUUGCAAAUACUUGGAUCUCUACUUACGCGAAAUGUGGUGAUUUGGAUUCAGCAAAAUCAGUUUUUGAAGCCAUUGACAGAGGUGACAGAACUGUUGUGUCUUGGAAUUCUAUGUUCAAAGCAUAUUCAGUUUUUGGUGAAGUAUAUGAUGCUUUUGGUCUUUACCGGUUGAUGCUGCGUGAAGAGUUUAAGCCUGAUUUGGGCACCUUUAUAAACCUUGCUGCAUCGGGUCAGAACCCCGCAACACUAACACAAGGAAGAUUGAUUCAUUCUCAUGCAAUCCAUCUCGGUACAGAUCAAGAUAUUGAAGCUAUCAAUACCUUCAUCUCUAUGUAUUCGAAAUCUGGGGAUACUUGUUCAGCGAGGCUUUUGUUUGACAUAAUGCCUUUCAGAACAUGUGUUUCUUGGACUGUGAUGAUAAGUGCGUAUGCUGAGAAAGGCUACAUGGAUGAAGCUUUGGCCUUAUUUCAUGCCAAUACCAAAACAGGAGAGAAACCAGAUUUAGUAACCUUACUCUCCCUCAUUUCAGGUUGUGGAAAAUUUGGUUCACUGGAAAUUGGAAAAUGGAUAGAUGCUAGAGCAGAUAUGUACGGGUGCAAGAAAGAUAAUGUCAUGAUUUGCAAUGCCCUUAUAGACAUGUACUCAAAAUGUGGAAGUAUACCCGAAGCUCGAGACAUCUUCGAUAACAUGUCUGAGAAAACUGUUGUCACAUGGACUACAAUGAUAGCUGGAUAUGCUUUGAACGGUUUCUUUUUCGAAGCUUUGGAACUUUUCAGCAAGAUGGUAUAUUUGGAUUAUAAACCAAACCACAUAACAUUCCUUGCCGUUCUUCAGGCUUGUGCUCAUUCAGGUUCUCUGGAGAAAGGGUGGGAGUAUUUCCUCAACAUGAAACAAGAAUACAACAUGAGUCCUGGGUUAGAACAUUACUCUUGUAUGGUAGAUCUUCUUGGAAGAAAGGGAAAGCUCGAAGAAGCAUUAGAACUCAUCCGUAACAUGUCAGCUAAACCUGAUGCUGGCAUAUGGGGCGCAUUGCUUAGUGCGUGCAAGAUCCACCAUAAUGUGAAGAUAGCUGAGCAAGCAGCUGACAGUCUUUUUAACAUGGAACCGCAAAUGGCUGCACCUUACGUAGAAAUGGCAAACAUAUAUGCAGCUUCUGGUAUGUGGGAUGGUUUUGCGAGAAUCAGAAGCAUGAUGAAACACAGGAACAUUAAGAAGUAUCCAGGUGAAAGCGUGAUUCAAGUGAACGGGAAGAAUCACACUUUCACUGUAGGAGAACGCAGUCAUGCGGAGAAUAAAUCGAUAUACCUUAUGUUGAAUGGUUUGACUUUGUUUGCGAGAGAUGAACAUAGAGUGCAUAAAGAUGUCUAUACACACUAUACAGGACAAAGUUAUGACCUUUUCAUUUGAUAUUUUGCAUAAUUGACUUGUCAGUGCAUUUGUUAUUAUUA